AUGUUUCUCACACACCUCCUAGUUUUCCUAAGGGGAGCGGUGGUGGUUUUGGUGAUAACCACCACUCCUUGCGCGGCCACCGACUACAAGCCAACCCCAACCUCAACAACAUCCCCGCCACCACCAGAUUACAAAUCUCCAACACCGCUAACCCCCAAGUACACACCGCCACCCUCCCCGCCACCUUACACUUCUCCACCAGCACCGCCAGCAAAAGAGAAGCCCCCCGCUCUCACCCCUCCACCACCAAGUUACAAGCCUCCAGAUGAACAGCCCGAGCCCACACCAGCACAAUCACCGCCGACUAACAAAGCACUACCUCCCGUUCCCACACCCUCACAUCCAGGGUACAAGCCACCUGCGGAAAAGCCCCCAAGCUCUCCUCCUGCCCAGGCACCCGCAUCACCAAGCAAUGGGGUUCCCACACCGGCAUACGGCGACCAGCCGCCUUCUUCACCAGCCUCAAUUGAUAAGCCCAAUCCCGCAGCCCCUCCGUACAACAAGCCACCUGCUGAAAAGCCCCCAAGCUCUCCUCCUGACCAGGCACCGGCACCACCAAGCAAUGGGGCUCACACACCAGCAUACGGCGACAUGCCUCCUUCUUCACCAGCCCCAGUUGGUAAGCCCAGUUCCCCAGCCCCUCCGCACAACAAGCCACCUGCUGAAAAGCCCCCAAGCUCUCCUCCUGCCCAGGCACCCGCAACACCAAGCAAUGGGGCUCACACACCAGCAUACGGCGGCAUGCCUCCUUCUUCACCAGCCCCAGUUGAAAAGCCCAGUCCCCCAGCCCCUCCGUACAACAAGCCACCGGCUUAG